GGCUCCCGGCUGUCACCGCGAUGAGGCGGCGCCGCCGAGGCCCCCGCCGCUGCCACCGCCGGGCCGCUCGGCCCCAUGGAGUGUGACAGGCCGCGGCCGCCGCCCGGCCCGGCCCGGCCCCGUCCCGCCUCGCAGGUUUAUUUCAGAGCAGCAGAGCAGAGACUUGUUUUUUGGUUGGUUUUUUUUAAUAUUGUGAAGUCAUCUGAAAGACCAAGGCAACUCAAGGGUAAUUGUACUACCUGAACAUAUUUCCGUUUCUUUUCUUUUUUUUCUUUUUUUUUUUUAAACUGGCAAGCCUUUUACACAUGAUCUUUGGUAGGCACUUUCAUUCUUUUUUUUUUUCAAUUUUGAGAUUAUUGGAGCCAACUUGCUUUUCAACCAGACAUCUCCAAAUGAUGUUCCUUGUCAGAAAAACAAGAGUCCAUUCUUUUUUGUUCCUUUACACUUUGAAGAAUUGACAUGAUAAUUAGAGGAUUUUAGUUAGAAUCCUUUCUGAACAUGCUGGAGCACAAGAAUGGCAGAAGAGUUGGUGUGCUUGAAACAGAGUAUGGAAGGCGUCGUCUGAAUAUGGCUUCUUGAAGUUUGAGGAGUUGUGAGCCUUCCCCAGCUGUUGCUGAUUUAAUUAGAUGCCUCCUUGUCAAGAAAUCUGAAGGUCAACACAUGCUCAAUAGAAUCCAUGUCUUUUAUGAUGAUUAAAUAUUCAAAUAAUGGAAUGCUGUGUUAGCUUUUGGAAAUUGUGAACUGGACUGGUACCUGCCAUUCAGAAAGCUGCCAAAAUAUAAAACAGUGAAAUAAUGAUCUGCUAGUCUGCUAAGCGAGUGUCCAGGUUCCACAAUGCCUGUGCAGGCAGCUCAGUGGACAGAGUUUCUGUCCUGUCCAAUCUGCUACAACGAGUUUGAUGAGAACGUGCACAAACCCAUCAGUUUAGGUUGUUCCCACACUGUCUGUAAGACCUGCCUGAACAAGCUUCAUCGCAAGGCAUGUCCUUUCGACCAGACUGCCAUCAAUACAGACAUCGAUGUGCUUCCUGUAAACUUUGCACUUCUUCAAUUAGUUGGAGCCCAGGUACCAGAUCAUCAGACAGUAAAGUUAAGUAACCUAGGAGAGAACAAACAUUAUGAGGUAGCAAAGAAGUGCGUUGAGGAUUUGGCACUAUACCUGAAACCACUAAGUGGAGGAAAGGGUGUUGCUAGUUUGAAUCAGAGUGCACUGAGCCGUCCAAUGCAAAGGAAGCUGGUGACGCUGGUAAAUUGUCAGUUGGUGGAGGAGGAGGGUCGGGUUAGAGCCAUGCGUGCAGCUCGUUCACUUGGAGAAAGAACUGUAACUGAAUUGAUUUUGCAGCACCAAAAUCCUCAGCAGCUGUCUGCCAAUCUUUGGGCUGCUGUCAGGGCACGAGGAUGCCAGUUCCUAGGGCCAGCUAUGCAAGAAGAAGCUUUGAAGCUUGUAUUACUGGCACUGGAAGAUGGCUCUGCACUCUCAAGAAAAGUUUUAGUACUUUUUGUUGUGCAAAGACUAGAACCAAGAUUUCCUCAGGCAUCUAAAACGAGCAUUGGUCAUGUUGUGCAGCUACUGUAUAGAGCAUCAUGCUUUAAGGUCACAAAAAGGGAUGAAGAUUCUUCUCUGAUGCAGCUGAAAGAGGAAUUUCGGAGUUAUGAAGCUUUGCGGAGGGAGCAUGAUGCCCAAAUUGUUCACAUUGCCAUGGAAGCAGGCCUUCGAAUAUCACCAGAACAGUGGUCUUCCCUUCUUUAUGGUGACUUAGCACAUAAGUCACACAUGCAGUCCAUUAUUGAUAAGCUUCAAUCUCCAGAGUCAUUUGCAAAGAGUGUACAGGAGUUGACAAUUGUCUUGCAACGUACAGGUGAUCCAGCAAACUUAAACAGACUGAGGCCUCACUUAGAGCUUCUAGCGAACAUAGAUCCUAAUCCAGAUGCAACGUCUCCAACAUGGGAGCAGCUGGAGAAUGCAAUGGUGGCUGUGAAGACUGUGGUACAUGGGCUGGUGGACUUUAUUCAGAACUAUAGUAGAAAAGGGCAUGAAGCACCACAGCCACAACCAAACAGCAAAUAUAAAACAAGUAUGUGUCGAGAUCUGCGACAACAAGGGGGUUGUCCACGAGGAACUAACUGUACAUUCGCUCACUCUCAGGAAGAGCUUGAAAAGUAUCGUUUAAGGAACAAAAAAAUCAGUGCAACAGUGAGAACCUUCCCUCUUCUAAAUAAAGUUGGCGUAAACAGCACUGUUUCAACCACAACGGGAAACGUAAUCUCUGUCAUAGGAAGCCCUGAAACAACAGGGAAGAUGGUGCCAAGUACUAAUGGGAUUGCAAGUCUGGAAAGUGGUGUUCCCCAAUUGAUUCCCCGCUGUGCUGACACUUCCUUAAGAUCUUUGGAGAAUGUCAAGAAAGGGGGGAAAUCUGGAGCCAAUGGUCACAACGUCUCUGGAUCCCCUACAGAAUCAUUAUCUGAAAAUAAAAUUGGUUCUCCACCCAAGACUCCUGUAAGCCAGGCAGCAGCUACCUCAGCUGGUCCUCCUAAUAUUGGAACAGAGAUGAAUUCUGUGCCUCCAAAAUCCAGCCCAUUUGUACCCAGAGUACCAGUCUAUCCUCCACAUUCUGAUAAUGUUCAGUAUUUUCAAGAUCCGCGGGCCCAGAUGUCCUAUGAAGUUCCACAGUACCCACAGACGGGAUACUACGCACCACCUCCAACAGUACCAGCUGGUGUGGCUCCCUGUGUUCCUCGCUUUGUGAGGUCCAAUAACGUUCCAGAAUCCUCCCUCCCACCUGCUUCCGUGCCAUAUGCCGAUCAUUACAGUACAUUUCCCCCUCGAGACCGACUGAAUUCUCCUUACCAACCUCCUCCUCCGCAGCCGUAUGGACCAGUUCCUCCUGUCCCUUCUGGAAUGUAUGCCCCAGUGUAUGACAGCAGGCGUAUCUGGCGUCCACAGAUGUACCCAAGAGAUGAUAUUAUUAGGAGCAAUUCUUUACCUCCAAUGGAUGUGAUGCACUCAUCUGUCUAUCAGACAUCAUUGCGUGAGAGAUAUAACUCUUUGGAUGGGUAUUACUCUGUGGCUUGCCAGCCUCCAAAUGAGCAAAGGACUGUGCCUUUACCAAGGGAGCCUUGUGGUCACUUGAAGACCAGUUAUGAUGAUCAGUUACGACGAAAGCCAGAGCAGUGGGCACAAUACCACACACAGAAAACCCCUCUUGUAUCCUCAACGCUUCCUAUGGCAGCAACAUCUCCAACACCACCUUCUCCUCUCUUCAACGUGGACUUCAGCACAGAGUUUUCAGAGAGUGUUACUGACUUGAGUGGUACUAAAUUUGAAGAAGACCAUCUUUCCCACUACUCACCCUGGUCCUGUGGCACUAUUGGCUCCUGCAUAAAUGCUAUCGAUUCAGAGCCCAAGGAUGUAAUCGCCAAUUCAAAUACUGUGUUAAUGGAUUUGGACAGUGGAGAUGUUAAAAGGAGAGUGCAUUUGUUUGAAACUCAAAGAAGGGCAAAAGAAGAAGAUCCUAUCAUUCCCUUUAGCGAUGGACCGAUCAUCUCCAAGUGGGGUGCAAUCUCCAGAUCAUCUCGCACAGGUUAUCACACAACAGACCCUAUUCAAGCCACUGCUUCCCAAGGAAGUGCUACUAAGCCCAUAAGUGUAUCAGAUUAUGUCCCAUAUGUCAAUGCUGUUGAUUCAAGAUGGAGUUCUUAUGGCUCAGAUUCCACUUCAUCAGCGCGCUAUAUAGAACGGGAUAGGUUCAUAGUGACCGAUUUAUCUGGUCACAGAAAGCAUUCCAGCACUGGAGAUUUACUGAGUAUUGAACUACAGCAGGCCAAAAGUAAUUCAUUGUUACUUCAGAGGGAGGCUAAUGCGCUAGCCAUGCAACAGAAGUGGAGUUCUCUAGAUGAAGGCAGUCGCCUUACCUUAAAUCUUUUAAGCAAGGAAAUUGAUUUGAGGAAUGGUGAGAGUGACUAUACUGAAGACUGUGCAGAUGCAAAGCCAGAUCGAGACAUUGAAUUAGAGCUUUCAGCCCUUGAUACCGACGAACCUGACGGACAGGGUGAACAAAUAGAGGAGAUCCUGGACAUACAGCUAGGUAUCAGUUCACAAGAAGAUCAGCUGCUCAAUGGGACAACUGUAGAGAAUGGUCAUUCACUAAAGCAGCGCCAAAAGGAACCUUUGGAGCAGAAGAGACAAAGUUUAGGUGAAGACCUUGUGAUUCUGGAGGAGCAGAAAGCAAUCCUGCCCGUAACUUCUUGCUUCAGUCAGCCCAUCACAGCAUCUGUUAGCAAUGCAAGCUGCCUGCCCAUCAGCACAUCAGUCAGUGUUGGCAGCCUCAUUUUGAAAACUGCUCACAUUAUGUCUGAGGAUAAAAACAACUUUUUAAAGCCGGCUGUGAAUGGCAAGAUGGUUAACAGCUGAAACUCGUUCAUCUUUCCAGCUUGUGACCACGCCAUGGAAGCAUUUACACUAGCUUUUUAUAUAUAUAUAAUAUAUAUUAUAUAAUGUAUAUUUUUUUUAAAAAAAAUAAUAUUGGGGUCAUCCAUUUCCUGUGGACUCUUUGAUACUUCAAGCCCCUCUCGCAUUAGCAUUCUGAAAAAUAAACUUACUUUACUAGGGUAAGGCGUUCACUUUCCACAAAUCAAUGGAAUCUGGACAUUGUUUUACUUAAGCUUAAAGCAGCUUUUUAUGAGUUUGUAGCAAUCCGGUGCAGUAACUGAGCCAUUCUUGUUUAAAAUGGCUUAUGUAGAAAAUUAACAACUCAGUUAUUUAAACUAGCAGGAUCCUACAGUGAUACAUCUAGUGAAAGUAAAACUAACUUAUUUGUCUCUGUUUUGUUUUACGAAAGAGGAACUUGCAUCUUGUUGCAGCUGCUUUUUCUUGAGGUGUGGAACUUUGCAUGGAAUAUUGUUUCCUGCUUGAAGAGUGAGAAAUAGGGAUUUGUAAUCUAGAUUUUUACAGGGUUAACACACUUUAGCUUUGCACUACUGCAUUAUAUGCAGGACUGUGAAUGCAGUGCUCUGUUGCAGCGUUUUAUUUCUUAUUUGUGUUUUCUCAUUUCCGCUUUAGUAGUGUUGAUAUUUAUACACAGGCUACUUGUCCAAGUAAAGAUAAAUAUAAGUAAACCAAGUGCCUAAGUCCUUCAGCUAAUGUACUAGGUAUUGAUUUCUCCAAAUUAUAUGCAGAAGUCUUUUUAACCAUAUUGACAGAUUAUGCACUAAUUUGACAGUGUAGGUUUUGUUUAAUUUUGUUUUGCUUUUUAAAUGUAAUCCUUCACCUGCUUUUACAGAAUCCAGAUGACAUGGAAAAAGUAUCAGGUGCUCUUGGCUUUCCUGUGAAAACCCUGUACGUAGUGUUUGCACUGACUAACAAGAUGGUAUUGCUAUUUUUUUUUAAUUUAAACUCAAUGGUGAGGUUUUAGACGCUCAUGACAUUGUCUUUGUUAAAUACUGUUAAUCAUAACUUUUUAUUCAGGUUUAAUUUUGCUUGUUCAUUAUCCAUUUAUUUUCAAAAGGUCUUGAAAAUAAAAUAGUAUAGCAUUAUCUGACCUUCAGAAAUACUGAAAAUUUAUGAAUUUGUGCCCUGCUAAGAUGUGACUGAAAAUCCUGUUAUGUCAACUAAUAUAGAUAUUCUUAAACACAGACAACCUAGAGCUCUGGGCAUAAUUUUUUUCUCUAAAAUUUAAAAAUUCAGUCACCCUUUCAGAAAUGAAAGCAGGACCCUCUCUCCUGGUGAUGACUAUCCUAUUGUUUGUACUCUUCUAUUUCUUUCUGACAAGUUUUACAUUUUUUAUGUUUUUUAUUAACUUCUGUGAAGUUGUUUACUCUGAAAAUUGUACUGGAAUAUUUUAAGCCAAGCUGACUUUUCACCAGGUGUACUGUACGUAAGGGCUUUUCCUGCUAGCAAAAUGCUUAAAGAGGAUCAUGUUACUGGUCGUCUGAGUUGUUAUUUUACAAAAAUCACAGAUAUGUGUCAGAUAACAUUUUGAUAACUGUUUUGUGCACGUUUCUGGGGGGUGGGGGUUAGCAUUUCCCUGAGGGUUGUCGAUUAGACUAAGUAAAUAUUGGUGUUAGAUAUCUCUCUUAAUGAACAUGUCCAUGAAAUAAUUAUGUUGUAAAUAUACCUGAAAACCCAAGGGUUAGUUUUGAUAUUCUGGUAUCAGUAUGGAAGAUCUUACACAUUUAUUUAAUACUAAAUGCAAAGAGAUGUUUGUAGAAAUAACGGUGAAGUAGCCUUUUCUUAAUUUCCUUAGGCUAUUAUUGUAUCUUCCCGAUAGCCAGUGCCACCUCAGCUCUACCCUGAGACUGAUACUUUGUUUCACUUUGCAACUUGAGAUGAUUAGGCAUGAGAAUAAGACCAUCUUUGUCACCUUAACUUAUUUCCUGUUGAUGUUGCAAAUUAACAUAGAAUGUUAGACAUGAAUAUGAUUGUUGUAUAUUUUAUAUCAAAACCAUUCUGUAAAUAUGAAUUUAUAUUACUUUUUAAACGCUUCCAAAAUACUUUUAUUUGCUGUAUGUAAUUCCAAAAAAAAAAAGAUAUGCAAACCAGUAUGUCUAUUUCAUGGAUAUUUAAACAGUGAGAUCUUCCAUGUUGAAGGUGAUGUAAUUUUUUUAAAAAGAUUUUUAAAUUUUAAAUUGCUAUUUUGUUACAAAAAUAGAGAAAAUAUAAAGGUUUGAGAAGUCCUUAUUCGCCCUCAGGGAAAGAGCCCUCUGUGCACCAGAACUCCACAGAACAUCUUCAGCAUGAUCUGAGGGUGAAUAUAUACUACAUAAAUUGAUCUUGUGUAUUUACCUUAACUUUUUAAUUUUAAAAUUGCAACUUUUAAAACUUGGUUGUGCUCUGCUGGAGGGGGAUUGGGAUAAGCUGCUUACACACAUUUGUCUGUUUGUCCAGUAAAAUUACAUCAGUCUAACAUAUUCUUGCCAACCUUACUGGCAUGUCUUAAGAACAACCGUAUUUAUAUAGGCUUGUCUGCAGCAGGAGGUCCCAUGAUACAGUAGCUUUCUAGAAAGACCAUAUACUUCAUAUGAAAAGAAGUCAGUUCUGGGCUGAGGCUAGUUUGCGUUGAAUCUUUGAUAUCUGGAACGGCAGACAGAAUUGUGUGGGGUUUUUAAUAGCGUGCCAACAUUGUCAUACAAUUUUAACACUGCUUAUGUGACCUUGCCAUGAAACUGCCUUCCAGUGCCGUGACCCAAAGAAGCUACGGAUGGGAAUCUAGUUUUGGCUUUCCGUUUUUGGUAAAGUUUCAUCCCUUGACCCCACACUAACUAGUAUGUGUUUGUACGUAUAGUUGCAAAUCAGGUGCCUUUGGGCAAUGGAAGGGCUAAUUUUCUGACAUGAAAAUAGUGACUAAUCUUCAUGUGUGGCCAUAGUAUCUCCCAUUUAUUUUUUUGGCCUAAUUUAUUAUGCUGUCAGAAAAAGGCCCAUAGAAGACUGGGGAGAGGAGAGUGGCUUUUUUGCAUUGCUCAGACAAGCAUCCUUUUUUCCUGUAGAGGUACAGCAGGGAUUUCACAUGCCAGGGAUACAGAAAUUGUAUCAAUAUCUAAGUUCAAUUGUGUUGCCUCACAACCUGGAUUCAUUCCUUGUUUUGCCUAAUUUUCCACAUGAGUCUUAAAUUAAAGACUAAUGCUAGUGUCAAUAUGUCAUGCUUGUGUGAGAAAGUAAUAAUCUGUACAUUCUUAAGAAAAUAGAUUGUAGCAGACUGAUUGCUCUGCUGCUCAAAUUUUGUUCCUGUAAUCGGGUAACGAGGAAUUUAAUCUUAGUGUUCAUGCAGAUUUUGCAUUUUAGAAUGUAUGCUAGACCCUUCAAAGGAAAGGUUAGACUCUUUGCAAAGCAAACUGGCAUUGGUUCUUGAGAGGUUAUAUAUAGUGGCACUAAAGUGUGUGACACAGGAUAAGGAAAGCAGUUGUACACAGCUGAUUGUGUUAAAUAAGCUCUCAGUUGCUCUUUAUAUAAGUCUAAUUCGAAAAAUUUAGUGCUUUUUUAACAGACUUGAAGUUUUAAUUUAAUCUUAUGCUCAAGAGCUGAAUGCUGUUCUUGUGUGUUAGUGCACUGGGCUUAGUGAGGUACAAAAUAAAUAACACACAAUGGUCAGAAAGAGCUGGGGAAGGAAUGUUUAAAAAUCUUUUAUCAAAACCCAGAACAGUCCAGUAGCGUCUGUUUUUCUUUUUAAAGUACAAACUGUCAAGUUCUAACCGCUGCUGUAACUAAACCGUAUACACAGCAGCAUCUUGAUCAUGUUUGUGAACAGAUAUUUUUCAUCAUGACAAAUCUGUUACUAAAGAAAAAAAACAUUCUAUUUGAGAGCAUAACCAAAUGAGAAAUUGAUAUACAGUACAUAAAGUCCAUUACUUAUAGUUUAGUUUGAAUCUUUUUGUUAGGAAAUCCCUCUAACGUAGGGACCUCUUCUGCAAGCAGAGCACAAUAAAUGUGCUCUUGAAAGGACCCGCUUUUUUCCAGUAUAAAUGGACAGCUGUCUCCUUGACGCUAGUGGUCACCGUGCAUCUUUUUGCUGGCAAGGGACUGCACUGAGAACUUGUGACCCCCAGGUGUCAAUGACAAAACUAAAUAAAGCAAAAAUGAUCAAAAUUCCCAAUACUUGAGCGACAACUUUUUAUUCAAGGAAGAUUAUCCCUGAAGCUCUUCAUCAGCAGUUCAUGUUUAACAGAGUUUGAAAUUAUACAGAGCCUGGCUGCAUUUAUUACUGCCAAAAGCCAAGGUCAUUUGCACAUAUCCCAUCAAUUUAUCCAGAGUAGGUCUCAGUUAAUCCGAGGCAUGAAAAUGCAUGCAUUUUCUUAGCUGGGCAAACAAGUACAUUAUACUGUAGUUGUGAUACAACACAUGUGGCUUUUAUUUGUACUGCACAUACCCACUGUACAGCCACUCAGAAGUAUUGUGGUUAGCUUGCAGCAUCUGCUGUCUGCAUUUAUACUGUUUACUGCAUAUUCUUUUCCCUGGAAGUUAAAGAAAAAUGUUAUUUUUUUUCUUGUUGCAUUGAUUACAUUUUAUAAAUUUGCUUAGCUGGAAAGUUUGGGAAAAGAGGCCUGUUUGUCAAUUGUACAACCGAUUGUGAAGCUCUAGUGUGAAUAUUUUUACGUCUGUAUUAGACAUUUUCUUUGCAAAUCUAUUGUUCGAUUGAAAUGUAAAUGAAAUAAACGAUGGUGUACACCCAUCAUGUAUAAAGCAGGCACCAUCGCUACGAUGGAUUUAAUGCUCAUUUUUAUGGCGCAUUCUCAGCUUCUAUUUAAAACUAUAAUUUAAAAUCUGUAAAAUUAAAUGGGGAUAUAUGGGGGGGGAAUAAAUUCUAUUCCGUUUCCUUCGGGUUUGAAUUUCCAAACGGUAAUGUUUCCCUUUGUGUGAUAGGAAUAGGAUUCAACGGGGAAGCUAGACCGCGGGGUCUGUACAGGGGGGUGGGAAAAGGGGAGCGGUGGGGAGGGGGGGCUUUGUGACAGUGCUGACUAGCAGAGUGAGUCGUGUGUGUUUGCUGUAGCACUGAAGUGAGGAGGUGUUAGCUUUGGCUGCUCACGGGUAGAGCAUCAUGGUUUUCAGUGUGUCGAGAGAAACUCGAUGGCAGGAGUUUGCAGUACUUGACCUGUAUUUGCAUGCACAAAAUAAAAACUAUUUGUCCACCUGAA